GCCGACGUCCAUUUUGCUUGCUUGUUGGUGUGAGCGUUCCUGUUUUAUGAGCAGUUUUUAUAGUCGCCUGCUUAUCGAAGUUUGAACAAUGGAAGGAGGAGCACCAGGAGGAGGUAGAGGUAGUUUUCGAGGACGUGGAGGCCCUGGUGUAGUAAUGAGGGGACGUGGCGGUUUUGGAGAGAGAGGAAGAGGUGGUCCUCCACGAGGUGGCAGCAUGAUGCGUGGUGGACGAGGCAAUGGGCCUGGCGGAAGAGGAGGUCCACCUAUGAGAGGUCGAGGCGGUCCUCCUGGCAGAGGUGGACGAGGUGGACAUUUUCCUCCAGGACCACCAGAAGGAGGAAUGUCUAGUGGACCUGGAGGUGGUCCACCACCCUUAGGAAUGGGUGGUCCUCCACGAGGAGGUGGCGGAAGGGGUGGCGGCAGUAAUAGCUUCCGCAACAGAGGCAGAGGCGACUUCGGCAGAGGAGAUAGCCGCGGAGGUAGCAACAAUUUCCGAGGUCGUGGUAUGGAUAGGGGUAGAGGAGGAUCUAGAGGAUCAAGCAGAGGUGGACCAAGUCGUGGAGGUGGCUUCGCCGAUCGUGGUGGUCGGGGGGCUGGUGGACGUGUUGGUCCUACGAAACGAGGAGGCCCACCUAGCUCGAGUGGACCCUCCAAGAGGCCGCGUUUUGAUCAGGCGUCUUCCCAGCCAUCCAAUGGUUACGCCACUCAACCACCAAGCCAAGGCGGUUAUGGAGGUUCAAGUAACGCCUACAGCAGCCAACAACCGCAGCAACAACAGUCCGUAGGAUACGGCAGUGGUGGCUAUGGCUCACAGCAAGGUUACACGCAGUCUUAUCAGGGCUAUGAGAGCUACCAACAGCCUCAGGAUUAUGGACAAACGGGUUAUCCACCGUCUGCAGCAGAUAGCAGAUAUGGCGGGGCAUCAUCGGUUCCAGCUGCAGGUUUCGGCGCUAACGAUCCAUACAGUUACGGCAAAGCUCCGCCAUCAGUCGAUUACCAGGAGGCAGUGUCAACCGCGGGACCGGGGGGCGGGGCCGGUUAUGUCUCUGCUAAUCCAUAUGACGACCGAUCUAACGCCAACAUAAUCAACCGGGGUUACUCGACGCAACCUUAUGAUUAUCCAAGUCAGGACGGUGUUUAUGGAAAACAGGACUAUGGUGGCAGUGCUGGUUACCAAAACGCCCAGUCUCAGCGACGUUAUUAAAGAUAUCCGUCACUUAAUUAAUCAAUAUCCGCUCAUUAAUUUUAUAUCUAAGUAGAUAACAAUUCUCCCAAGCGAAAGGAAAAAAAAAUGCAGAACAGAUUGAAUCCGUCUCCGAUUGCGCGAUAAAGGGAAUAAUGCUUUCACAUUUUAAAACUGCGAAACACAUUUAUUGAUAGAAGAACGAUGACAAUCGAGGAAUUUUGAAGCAAGAUGACGUAAAAUUGUAAAAUCGGGAUGCGCCUCCUAAUAAUGUUUGUAUAUCGAGGGAUUUAUCUUGCUUUUCACAAAGGUUGAUUUGAUCAUACGUACAUAGUGUCAAAAAAGUUGGGAAUUAAUACUGUUAGGCAUAUAACAGGUAUCUAUCGUAAUUAUCUCAUAUAUGAAUAUACUCUUUUGCUAAAUGCACUUUUUCAAUUGUAUUUGAAAAAUUAUUUUACUUUAAACAAUUUUUAAAAGAUUUAAUCUUCUCAUUGACUCCCAGCUUUUCUAAGACACUCUUCACGUCACUUUGCUCUCAAGAUUUUUUUUCCACUUCUGCUUGCUUUGUCUUCGUCUUGUGCGCGUUGAACGAAUUUGAUCGACAUAUACCGCUUGACAACAUAGGGGAACACAUAUUUUAUACUUGACAAUUAGCAAUUAAUACACACUACAUUAUUCACUACGUCGCCUGUACGACAAUCUAGAAUUAAGUCCCGGUCGAACGAUUAAUUUUCUCGAUCGUUUUCUUCACUAUUUGCGUAGCGUAAUUUAACAUAACAGUAAUAACUAAAAAGAAAUCACCAA